CGCGGCUGUGUUCUGCAAAAAAAUAUUCAGUUAAAAAAAAUAGGAUAUUUAUUUUUAAUAGACAAGCGGCAUAUUAUUGUAGAUAUUUGUUAAUGACCAUAAUAAAAACAAUUGUAGUCUUCAUGAAGAUAUUGAAAACACAUAUUAUAGAGGGUUUUAAGAAAAAUGAAAUUGGGAAUUCCGCAUAUUUGUACAAACAGGUGUUGGCAACCAUCGCAUCAAGCUUUCUCUGCCUGUCUGCGGGGCUGACCAAUGGCAUCAGCGCUGUUCUGCUGCCGAUGUUGGUCAGUGACAGCACACUCUCUUGGGGACCAGGUUUUGGACCAUGGAUAGCCGCCAUAGCUCCAAUUUCAUCGAUCCUGGGCUGCAUCUGCGUCGGUACACUACUGGACGGCUACGGAAGGAGGACUGUCCAUAUUAUCCUGGCCUUCCCGUUCAUAGCAGGCUGGAUGUUCAUGGCGUUUGCUGACGACUUCCCUACAAUGAUGGUUGGAAGGUGCCUCACAGGUUUAAGCUACGGUGCCGUCCGUCCCGCCACCAUCAUCUACCUGGGAGAAAUAAGCGACCCAAAAUACAGAGGCAUCAUACUCCUAUGUCCAUCUCUAGCUUUAAAUAUAGGAGUACUACUUAGCCAUGUCAUAGGUUCAUUCAUUUAUUGGAGAACGACGCUUUUGAUAUGUGUUGCGCCUAGCGCAAUGAUGUUCGCACUGCUCUUCUUUCUAAAAGAGAGUCCUUAUUGGCUGAUAGCUCAAGGAAGGGUGGACGAAGGUGUCGAAUGUUUUAGGUGGUUUAGAGGAAGUGAGGCAACAGCAGAAAGCGAACUACAAAAUGUGGUCGAAAAACAAAAGGGGAUAACGUCUAGAUUCAGUGUAAAAGAAGUGUUGGAGACAUUCUGCAGUAGCGCAUUUAUAAAACCAACUGUAACUGUUGUCUUCAUCUUCUUAGCUGUUCAAAUGUGCGGUAUCAACGCAUUUCCGUUUUACGCUUACGAUUUAUUAAAGACUAUGUUUGGCACUACUGGCGAAAGCCAUAUCGCUACAUUCUUUCUUAUGGUGGCAGUAGAUUUGAUAAGAGUCGCAGUAAGUAUUGUAAUUUGCUUGUUUGGUAGGAAAAUGCGUCGGAAAUUAGUUUUUGUAGUUGCUGCUUACGGGACAACUGUAAUUCUGGCCGGUUUAGUGAUUUGUGGCUUUUAUCAAAAAUUAUAUGCUCUACCUUUAAUACUCCUAGUGUUGUAUACUUGUGCAGCCAGCGCUAUAGCUAGUUUAGGAUGGACUUUUAUAGCCGAACUAUAUCCAACAAAAGUGAGAGGUUUAGGGUCUAGUUUGAGUGGUGUGAUAUGUUUUAUAUUACUCUCUAUAUGUAUUAAAAUGACCCCUGACUUGUUGUGGUCAGGGGGAUCAGUGAUGUACGGUACUUUUGCUUGUUUGACGGGUCUGAGUGCUGUUGUCUUGACGUUUAUAUUGCCCGAGACGAACGGAAGGAGGCUACAGGAUAUAGAAGACAGUUAUGAUAAGAGAGAUAAGGAUAUCAUAGUUACUGCUUUGUAAAAUUGAAAAAAAUUAGCAGAUUCGCCAUUACCACUGUUACCAGUGACU